AUGAGCAAGCCGGCGGAGAAAACGAACAAGCCGCCCACGGGCAAGGCGGCUCCCGCGACGAACGAGAAGGCGCCGGUGCUUGUGGUGGUGACUGAGGAGGACGACGAGUUUGAGGAGUUUGAAGACGCGGACUGGAGCGGGCAGGCGGAGGAGAAGGAAGCACACAUCAAGCAACAAUGGCAGGACGACUGGGAUGUCGACGAGGCUGACGACGAGUUCUGCAACCAACUGCGGAAGGAGCUUCAGAAGCACAAGUAA